UGACUAGCCUCCAGCUUGACAGCUGUGGAGGCAGCAGCGGGAUGGAGGCUCCAGGGCGAGUGUGGCUGCGGGCCACGGGCUCUCUGUCGCUGGACGAUGUGUACAGCAUGGCGAAGAGCCUGGGCUCUGAACUGCAGAAACUGACCGAGCAGUACGGGCCGGACUCGGUGUCCGGGGUGGUCCCGCAGGUGGUGCGCGUCCUGGAGCUGCUGGAGGGCUUUGCGGCAACCGAGAGGGAACGGGGCCCCCCGGAGCAUGAGCUGCUGAUCCGGGCCGUGCAGAGCAUGCAUAUAGGCAGAGAGGAGCGACCUGCACCGGAUCUAGAGCAGAAGCUGCUGGAAGCUCAGAGAAAAGAACAUGACCUUCAGAACCAGCUGUCCCAACUUACUGAAGAGAACCAGAAACUCUUGGUCCAAAUGACAGAGACAAAAUCCCAGGGAGAAUGUGCAGCAAGGGAAGAGCGAGAUCUGAUGCUCAAGUUGAAAGUAGUUGUGGACAGACAGAGGGACGAAAUCCGAUCCUUGACACAUGAGAUCCAGCAGAAGAACAGAGACACAGAAGCGCUACAGGAGCAGCUGAACCGCUUCAUGAAUAUGAAUGAAGACUUGAGACGCAAAGUCUCUGUUGUCCAUGCUCAGCUUAAAAGCUCCCUGCAGAGGAAGACAGACCUGGAGAACCUGCUGCAAGAAAGACAGAAGGAGAUAGAUGCCAUGUUACAGAGGCUCUCUGUAUCGCAAGCUGUCCCUGAUAAAAAUAUGAAUACAUCUGAAUGUAAAUCUCUGGAACAAGAUGGAAGUGAUAAAACCCCAUCAAACCAACCCUGUUUUACCAAGGAAGAUGUGAAGCACAUUGUACAGGAGAGGAAUGAGCUGAAGACGAAUCUGUUCCUGAUAAAUGAGGAGUUGCAGUAUUAUCACAGGGAGCUUCUAAACGAUGAGAGGAUACCCAGCCUUUUGUUGCGUGGCAUGAAAUCUGCCAUCCGGAAACAGAGGAAGAAAAUUAAGGCCAAAAUGCUGGGUAUUAUGGAGUCUCCUACUAGCAGUGAUGAUGAAAACACAUGGACACAGACAACGGCAACAGACUGCGUGGACGCCAAGCCUCCAGACUCAAAAAUCAAGAGUUUGUUUGGGAUGUGGUAUGGAAAACCAGAAGCUGAACCGGGCCCCUGGGAAAUCAUCAACGUGAAAGAACUCACUAUGGUCGAGAAAGAAGAAAGAAGUUCUGACAAUGUCUAAACCCCAUCUUGUGGAACUCCCUACCACGUUGUACCGUCUGAUGCUGAUGACCUUUGUGAAGGGACAGUACAUAUCUGCAGUGUCACAUAGCAGGCUCUGCACCCUCUGUAAAAUGUAUAUUAAUUGUCCCAUAAAAAAGAACGCCAAUAUAUUUUUCUAACACUAUUUUUAUUGACAAUUCCUUUUAUAAUAGAAUGCAAUUUUUAAAUGUGUGUGUAUAUAUACAGGGUAUUUUUCAGCUGUAAAUUCUGUAUAAUUUAUAUCGGGAUAUUUGGAGUGUUUCUUAAUCUUGAAGCACCAGAAAAUAAAUAUUUCACGGUAAUAUUUAGUAGAUGCUUCACGUUUCAAACAAGUGAAAUGUUUUCAUUAUCUUCUAUUAGGUAAUUCAUAUACUAUGAGUUUAAACAUGGACAUAAGGCACCCUUCAAAUCGACCCUUUGGUUCAACUAAAAAAAAUUCCCAAUAACUGGGGAACGAACAGAUUACUUACCUGAUGACCUCCUUUUCAUCUAUUCAGCUGCAGAUCCACCAGUUCCCGGACUCCUCUUCCAUCAUCCAGGAUGGCCACACCAUUUUUCAGACCACCUGAUCCAUGCUGUGUAGUUCAAGACACUGUUUGGUGCCCUUGGAUUGGCUAGCACUGCGCACUUGAACAGUGCGGACUAAUCCAAGAGUAGGGCUGGACAAGUAGGAAGUGUCUUGGACUACCAGUGCAUGAGGUAGUGUAGAGGAGAAGUGGUGCAGCCAUCUUGGAUGGCAGAAGAGGAGCCCAGGAAUUGACAGAUCUGCAGUUAAAAAAAAUGAAAUGGAGAACACCAUGUAAGUGCUCUGUUCAUUACCCAGUUAAUGUGAAUAUUUUUUUUCUGUAAUCAGAUGGUCACUUUAAAUGUUUUACUUUUGGUGUGCUUGGUCUUUUAUUUAGGUACGUCCACACGAGACAGAUACACGGUGGAUUUUCUGCAGUGUUUACAAUAGCCAUAAAGUGAGUGAAAUUGUAUGAAAUCUCAUCCACACAGUGUGGAAAAAAAAUCUAUGUCAAUUUGUGCAGAAAUUGUCGUGCGGUUUCUAAAUCCACAUCUUGUCAAUUUUUAUGCUGUGUUUUUUCACCACUGAUUUAGUUGAUUGAGACAAAUUCCACAGAAAAUCUGCAAAGGAUAUUUUCUUUUGCAAAUUAUGUUCUGUGUGGACGUACCCCUAACCAGCUAUAGAUCUACCAGGAAUAUUCUGAGGGCCGGGAUUUUUCUACAUUCUUAUAUUAUCCCAUAAAAUGGUAAUCAAAUGCAUGUAGAUCACCAACUGCUCCAUUUUGUAAAAUGCUACGGAAGAGUGGCAUAGACAACAUUCAGAUGGCAAUAUCGGAGGGACACUGUCUCCUGACAUGUCGCACUACUGACUGACACUAGUUGCGUCAUCAAUACACCGCAUUUACGCUGUAACAACCUGAAGGGAGGAAGCACUUCUGUUCUUUGUGUACAUCCGGCAAGUACUGCUAUAUGUGGGAACGAAAAGAAGCCCAAUAUUUGGGUGGACACUGUCAGCAAGGAGGAGCGAAAAACUAUUUGUUAAAAGAUCCCCUCUCCAUGGCAUGAGCAUGCUCAAAAUACUGUGCAGUGAUCAGCAUGAUGUGAGUUGUAGUCUUUGUCACAAUCACUGAGCUAACUAGCUUAAAAAUAGCUGCACUACCGGAAUAAUCCAGGCAUAUGCAGUCCUUUUUUCAAAAGCCUGAGAACGGCAAUGCAGCAUUUUCAGAUGUCACUUUAAAGGGACACUGACAGGCCCAAAAACAUAUUAUGGGUUAUAUAU